ACACCAAUUACCGAGGAUCCGGACCUGUCAGCGAGUGUUCCACGGUGAUACGUUUGCAACCUUCCAUGAGGAGAAGACACUAUUGCGCAAUAGGCAGAUAGCAAGACGCUGUAUUCAUUCCAACAAACCACAAUGCACUCUGUUCAGCCACCGACCCUGAUUGAUGGCAAACUGCCCGUCUUCGUCUUUCCAUCGAGUCUCAACUUUUUUAUCGACGACCAAUCAACGCAUAAACAAGUCCUCACCGUUUACAAUCCAUAUGACUUCACGCUCAAAUUCAAAGUCUUGUGCACCUCUCCUAAAAAGUACAUGGUAGUGGAUUCUGAAGGUGUCAUCAAGUCUAGGUGCUGUAUUGACAUUGUUAUACGUCAUCUUGAAAUCUGUGGCCUUAGUGAGGGGUUGAGGGACAAGUUCAGGAUUCAUAUAUAUGAACAUGGUAAAAAGAAAGUUAUAGGUAAAAAAGAUAUAAUUGCCAUGCUCCUGCCAACACGGGACAAGAAUCCGCCCACAGAUGACAAUUUUGAGGCUUUACCAUCAAGCAUGAGAGAGGACACGGUACAGCGGACCAUGACAUCUAGGUCAGGGCAUUCCACUUCCAGUUCAGCCCCUAGCCUGAUAGUCAUUAUCGCUGCUGUCACUUGCAUCCUUGCCCUGAUGUUGCCAAAUUACGGAGACACGGAAACUCGACUGCCAGAUUAUAUGCUUCUUACUCAAAACCAAAAACUCAUCGCUGCUUAUGUAUUAGGUCUUGUAACAAUGGUACUGCUGAGGACAUAACGCAUAAAGAUCAUCUUCCCUUAACUGGAUUCUCAUAAACAACAUGACUCCAACAAUGUAUAUCAUUGAAAAUGUGUAUUGCUGUUACAGUUAAUGGUUUGCUAACUCCCACGCAGUCAUUGGGAGUUGGUCCUAACCGCUUUCUCGUGGCAACUCUGCAAUGUAUUGGGAUGGAGCAUUGCAGAACCGGUGCUGAUAUUUAAACAUUUGAGAUGGCCUCUGACCGGUUACAUAUGACUGCAAUGUAUUGGGAUGGAGCAGUGCAGAACCGGUGCUGAUAUUUAAACAUUUGAGAUAGCCUCUGACCGGUUACAUAUGACUGCAAUGUAUUGGGAUGGAGCAUUGCAGAACCGGUGCUGAUAUUUAAACAUUUGAGAUGGCUUCUGACCGGUUACAUAUGACUGCAUGCCUGCUCAAGUUCUGGAAAAUCAUCAUCCAGCCAAUGAUCAUUGUGAGUAAGACAAGACAGUGGUCUUCUGUCAUAGUCAAAUCUUUCCCGAGGACCAUGCUCUCUACAUGCCUGUACACAAAAUAUGUAUUUGCUUUCUAGCAUGUCCCUAUAUUUGUAAAGAAUCUAUAUUUGUUUGUAUCUCAUGAACACAUGUCGUUUGACUUGUUAUUCUCAGCAAAAACUCAUUACUUUGAAGUAAUGAGCUGUUGUUUUCAGUUAAAAUUCUCCACAUCUUCAUUUGGCGACCUUUGCAAAACUGAUUGGCUGUACCAAGAAUGCCAACAUGUUGUGUAAUGGGGAGAAAUAGGCUAUGGUUUUCCUUUGGGUUAAAGUGAAAAUUGUAAAAGUACAUGUAGUUGCCAUUUCAUAUUGGAUUCGUGGGGGGGGGGGGGGUGUCACUUUGUACUUGAUGAAUGGUAACUUUUACUGUCCCUAUAUUGUCAUUUAUUGUACGCAUUUGUGUUUGGUUAUUGAAUGGAGAUUUUUUUAAUGUGUACAUAUAUGUAACAUUAUUUAUAA